AAAAGUUCACCCUUUAAUGAAUAAGCUUUUAAAAAAUCCCAUAGAAAUGAAUAGAGAGAGGCGGUAUUUCAUAAAUAUACCACAUAGAGUAUUUAUGCACUAUAACUAAGCCUGUGUUUUAUGUAUUAUUAUUGGCAAAGUGCCAAGGCAGCAAAUAGUUGCUAUGGCAACAUUGCAUCAUAUGAUGUCAUAUGAGUCGGUGAUGUCAUAAUGUCAGUGACCUACUUUAGUCAGUGCCAACAAGACUACUGGUCAUUUCAGGAUUUUUACUGCUGGACGAAACACCAGCAGUGAAUUUUCUGAAAUUAUUUUUUUCUUAAUAACAUCUUUUAUAUCAGAAUGGCUUUUCGCUCAUUUGCCAACAAAGGAAAUAUCAACUUCUUCAGAAAACUUUGCAUUAGAUCAAAACAGGCAUGUGAUCCUGUCCCGGUCGACAUAGAGAAAGGGGAAAAAGAGAGAAGGGCACCGUGUACACUCCUCUGUGCGAAGGCUACGCUGGCCAUCCUUCUCCUGAUCAAAUUCGUCCAUUACGUGGACACAUAUCUAGCUGAAGGUGUUAUGCCGUUGAUUGAAGCAGAAUAUGAACUCUCCAUUGACAAAGUUGCGAGAGUAGAAACAGGUUUUGCUAUUGUUUUUGCCUUGGUCAAUCCAUUCUUUGGACAUCUAUCAGAUCAGAUCAGCCGGUGGACCCUCAUGUGUCUGGGAGUAACGUAUUGGACUCUGUUUGUCGCGAGCUGUUCCGUAAUUCCCCAGGAGUGGGGUUGGACCAUCCCUUUUAUACGGUGUGCUGUGGCCGCAAUAGAAAGUUUUUUUGCAGGCAUUUCCCUGACCCUGAUUGAUGACCUGUUCCCACCUGAAAAUCGACGAGGGACUUUAUUCAAGUUUAACAAUUUCAGCUAUAUAAUGGGGUAAGCUGCAAGUUGUACCUGGAUUCCUGCUACAUUCCUGUUGGUUUGUGUGUGGAUUCUGUUAUAUUAACCCUGAAUCUCCUUGGUUCUGUUACAGUGCCUUAGGGAUCGUUGCGGGAGCAAUUGUGCCAAGCUACUUAGGCUCAAACUGGCGUUUUGCACUGCAGGUAAGGAAAAUUCAACCGGGUACCAUUAAUUAUAUUGGGGUGACGGGAAGAUACAAUUGAAUAUUGGCUAAACAUGAAGAGACAAAUAAAACAGUGGUUGUUGUGAGAUAUUAGCCUUUUAUUAUCAGUUUGGUUGAUUGGAUACUGUACAUGAAAAGAGAUACAUGGCUGGCUACUUAACUGCUGUUUUCUUUGGACACAGCUAGUUGCAGUCGCUGGAUUAGCGUGCCUAGUGCUGCUAAUCUGUGUGAAGAAGGAACCACCUAGAUGCUAUACCGAGGACCACAGUGAUGACCCUCAGAUGCAGAUCCUCAGUUUCCAAUAUAUUUGGAAGUUGACCUCCUCCUUCUUCAAAAAUCGGAGGAUUUUAUCUAAAACACGGAGCUUUGUUUUUCUCACCUUGGCUUCAUGGUCCGUGAAUUUCAUUAAUGAAGCCAUGUUUGCCGUUGUUCCUGAUUUCCUGAACC